UAAUAUGUGAUAUUAAACUCUACAUUACUAUUAUUGUAAGAAUUUAUGUAUUAGGUUAUGUGAUAUAAUAAUAUGUUGGUAUUGAACAAAGGGUUGGCCAAAGAAGAGGGGAGAAGAAAAAAGAAAAACUUAGUCUAAUUUUGUAAGAUUUAUAAUGCGUGAACUUUAUGACAUAGAUCGAUUUAUGUCAUUUCUUCCUCUUCCUCCUCUCUCAUUCCAACGGCUCUCACCAGUAAAAUGCAGUACCGGCAAGAGAUCGAUCGCCGCCACAGCGUGGUGGUGGAGCUACCACUCGGCGACGGCGCUACAUGCGAUUUGGAAAAAGCAGUAUGUAGUCACGGCCUAUUCAUGAUGGCCCCAAACCAUUGGGACUCUCUCUCCAAAACCCUAGAACGUCCAUUGCGCCUCUCCGAAAACAUUAACGACGAUGAUCACGAAAAAUCUCAUCUCGUCCGAAUAUCUCAACCUUCCGAUUCUCCUCAUUCUCUCCAUCUUCGUGUUUUCGGCACCGAUUCUCUUUCUCCUUUACACCAACGCUCUCUGCUGGGUCAAGUAAGGCGAAUGCUGAGACUAUCAGUGGAGGAAAAUGAAAGAGUGAGAAAGUUUCAGGAGAUUUGUGAAGAAGCAAAGGAGAGGGGAUUUGGGAGAGUGUUUAGAUCGCCGACAUUGUUUGAGGACAUGGUGAAGUGUAUCCUGCUCUGCAAUUGCCAGUGAGUAGUUGAACUGAGUAGAGACUGUUGUCACGUCCUUAGUAAUUAACUAAGUACACGUGCGGCACUUGACAAUUUGCUCACGUUCUUGUUAUGCCAAGUUAGCCUUACUACACUCAAGAUCGCUAAGAGAAUGGUAGAAAGAACACAAGAGAAUUGUUAAUGGAAGCUUUAUAUUA